AAUCUUUCCAUUAUACUUUCCGCCAAAUAGCGGGUCAUAAUGUAAUCACAGAUGGCAUAUUGAGUCUCGAUCGUGUUGUGCAGCUGAAUGCGUGUCAGUGACGAGAUUAAUCACGCAUAUCCAGUGCCAUCCAUCUCUCGGCCAAAGAAGGCGUGUCGUUUCCCGGUCAGCAGCAUCAUCCAGCGGCUCUUUGUCCCGCUGCCGUGUUUGAGUGUGUGUGUGUGUGUGUGUGUGUUUAAGUGUGUGUCAGUAACGUUACCGGGCAGAGCUGCUCGAGUCAUGGCGGUAGCGCCCGCUAAUCCUCGCACCGGGAGCACGAGAGCGCAGCUGCCGCCCUGUUAUUACGAGGGAUACCUGGAGAAAAGAGGAGCGAAAGAGAAGGUAGCUCGGCGUUUAUGGACCUGUUUAUGUGGAAACACAUUGUACUUCUUCAACAACCCUAAGGACACAAAUUAUGUAGAGAAGUUGGAUCUGAGUGGGUUUGUGUCUCUGAUCGAUGACCCGAGUCGUGAUCGGAAUCUGGAGGCAGCCAGACUGAACCUCCGCAUGAAGGAUGGAGAAAUCAAACUCACUGCACCAAAUCUGGAGGCGCGUGAGCUGUGGAAAGGUUUUCUUUACUCUGUCGUAGAUCUGGCUGUGCCCACGACUCUCACCCUCCUGCCCGGGCAGCUGCACAUGCUGAAGGAAGUCGUGGAGAAAGAAAAAAUGCGUCGAAAGGCACGUGCGUCUUCCAGAGCCCCCUCGUCCCCCCUCUCGCUCCCGCUGGUGGGGGAAAUACCUGCGUGUUUCAGGCCUGUGUCUCGUACUGAAGCUGAGGUGCUGCUAGAAAGACAUCCAGACUGCGGGAACAUGCUGCUCAGACCAGGCCGGGACGGAUCUUCACUCGCCGUCACAACACGACAAGACCUGAACGGAUCAGUGUUCAGGCAUUACAGAGUGACACAGAAGCAGCAGGGUGGUUACAUUAUCGAUGUGGAAAACCCAGUAUGUGAAAAUGACUUUCUAAAUAAAGAGAAUCUAUGCGAAAGCAACAACCUUAGGAAAAUCUCACUCCUUAUUUUAUUUUUUCGUCUCUUCCUGCAGAUCCCCUGUCCCACACUGCAUGAUGUCAUCAAUGCACUGGUGGAGAAAACUGCCGGGACUCUUCAGCCCUUCAUAUUAGAAGAGCCUUAUGAGGAGAACAUCACGUUUGUGUCGUCCAAUGAUGAGAAUGGAGAGCGAACCCUGCACUGUGCUCCCUCUGGACCUCUUUCUCGAGCUCCAUCACUGCCACCUAAACAAGUAAGUACAGACAGAUGGUCGCUGCGGUCACAGACCAGAUCUCCCAGUUCCUCACCAAAAUCCUUUUCCCCGUCUGGCUCUCCGUCCAACUCCAUGAGAAGACUGGUUCUGUCUCCCUCACCGCUCUCUCAGAGUAAGACCCCAGGGCUCCAGCUCCAAAACGGCCUCACAGACGAGCUCAAACAGAAGCUGGAGAAGAGACAGACCAGUCAAGAGUGAUUUCCUCCUCGUUUCUGCCCACCCUUCGUCGUCUCAUUCCUCCAGUGCCUUCCGCUAAAGACUGAGGUCCUGUUGAACGGACAAAGACUCCCUGCAAAACGACAUUCUUCCCUCAGUGUGACUGAAACAAUGCCACUUUAUUUGGCUUUAUUUAUAACACAAGAGCGGCGGUCUACCAGCUCAUCCUGCCUCAUAAUAAUACCAUCACAGAAUGAUGGCAUUUCUGUUGAGAUUACUGAAAUUUAAAUGGGGAAAAAAAUCUGAGCCAAGAUUCUCCAGACCUCUCUCUAUACUAUUAAUUAGACCUUAACACUCAGGUUUCUACUGUCAAACCAUGAGUUGAGAGGACAUUUCCACACAUUUCAGAAAGAAGCACAUCAAACAUGUAUGACUUGUAUUACUGGUUUUAGUGAUCUAAAUGCCCAGAUGAAUGUGAAUCUGGUACGGUUCGAGGAAGGGUCCAAAAUGAACACUCGCCAAGCACCGAAUAAAUUGGGUUAAUAAAAAGCAAAUACGUUUUGGAGAUGCUUUGAUCCAAAGUGACUUUGAUUGUAUUUUAAUCAUCGUUCUCUGAGAAUCUAGCCCAUGACAUUGGCAUUGCUUUUGUUUGAUCUACUGGAUUGCUAAUAAAAAUACUAACUUC